AUGCAUCUUCCACCAUUGAACAGUCUCCUACUGAGAUGUUUAAUUAUUUUCCUUUACCUAAGUGGGUCACCAAAUCGGGGGGUGCAACUGGAAGGUAGAAAAAUAGUAGCCCCCAGGAGGCAAUCGCCUGUUCAUGUAAUCAAUCCGAUAAAGGGCCAGAUCACACACCACUCGGGAAAUUUCAAAUUUUUAAGAAAACUGAAUUUUAUUUUUUUUAAAAAGAAAGAAAACAAAUAUGAAAUGAAAAAUUUGGAAAACGUGCCCCUGUUUGUUGUAACCAACGAAUUCGAUGACGCAAUUUUGUCCUUCAGCGUGGACUACAACAGGGGCGAGAAGGCCGGACCAACAACGGGGAGACAAGCAGAGGAAGAGAUAGAGAAGCAUGUAGGGAAGGAAAAAAGUGGGGACGCACCCCACAAUGGUGACGCACUUCCUAGUGACAUUGCUAAUUCACGGGAGGAACACCCACCCACCCACGGGGACAACCAAAGCGACGAUCUAACGGUCGAAAAAAGUGGCCGCGAAGGGGAGGAGCUGUUUCCCCUGUUAAAAGUUAACCAAAAGAAAAGGAGAGAAAUCAAUUUAAAAAACAUACACAACAAUAACGCCGUUGGAAUUUUUUUCUUCGAUGUGAAAACUGCAGAAGCGUACAGAGAUGACAUAUUACACUUAUUUAAUAAAAAUUUAAAGGAAAAAAAAAACAAUAAAUUGUUCUUUGGGUCAAAGAUCAAAUUAACCAAUUUGAAAUAUUUUCUGGAGCUUAAAGACUCCCACAGGAAUACAAUCGAUUUUGUCCUAGUCCCGCAUUACGACCAACUCCAACACAUACUAAAGAAUAAAAAAGUUUUUUAUGGCACCCCGGUGUACUACAUUAAUAAGGUACCUCUACAUAAAUCAGCUAUUAAAAAGCGUUUUUAUGAGCUGUUUUUUUUCCAGAGUUUGAAAAAGGAUAUCCGGGUGGAGUUAUAUCCAAAUGUGUUUCUCACUUACACACUGGAUAGAUCGAGUGACGAUCGUACCUCCCUCAUCAUACAGCUAGAAACGCCAGACAAGAAAAAGUACGUACCCAUCUUCUUCUCCUACGAGCAAGCUAACCAAUUUUACAAAAUAUUUUUGGACAAAUUUAAAGGCCAUUUUUAUGAAUACUGUCUUCCCAGUCCGCGCAUCAAUUUGAACUCCUUUGAAAAUUUAUUAGUUCUAUUAAAAAUGGCCAACGAAGGAAAGGUGCAUCCUUUUUACAAUAUUUUUUUUGUGCCCAUGGGCAGCUCCCCUUAUGAAGAAAAAUUGUCUGCACAGACGACCAAUGUUUUCUCCUUUUACGCGAAGAAACUUUUCCAGAGAAUAAAUUAUGACUUGUUCAGGUCGUUUAGGAAAAACUUGAAUUAUUUAAUUUCGGAUUAUUUGUACGAUUAG